UGAUAUGUCAUCAUCAGGGCCAUCACAGCCUAGCGGUCAUGCUGGAUUGUUUUUUUUCAGAAGAUCGGCAAUGUGGUUAGAGUGCCAGUAAGCAAAAAGUUAAUGCUUUUGUACUAUUUUGUUUGAAAAAGAUACGUACUAUCUCCCUUUUCUAGGUGCCCAUCUCCCAGUCGAGAGAAAACAAGCCCAUUGAAGCGAGAAAAUUCAAAAUGCAAGAAAAAGCGAGAAAACGUGAGAGGAAAUUUUAGAGAGAGAGAGAGAGGAAGGGAGGCAGUGCGUCUGUUUGAGACACAGAGCUCGAAGGUAGAGGGGAAAGAGAGAAAGGGGUACCUUCUUUGAGCUUUUUGUGGGAGAAGGAGAUAUGGGUCUCUCUGUAUUUGUACAUUCUCUUCUUCUUUUUCUCACACUUUCUGGUGUGCGAACUGUGUGGGGGGAUUCGGAGCUGAGAGCUCUAAUGGACGUGAAAUCAGCUCUGGACCCGAAGAAUAUGAUCCUCACUUCGUGGACUAGCGACGGCGACCCAUGUGGCGGCGCGUUCGAGGGUGUGGCCUGCAACGAGCAGGGCAAAGUAGUCAACAUUUCCCUGCAGGGAAAGGGGCUCUCCGGCAGUGUUCCUGCGGCGGUGGGCGAACUGAAAUGUCUCUCUGGUCUUUUCUUGCAUUACAACGCUUUGACCGGAGAGAUUCCUCCGGAAAUCACCAACCUCACUGAACUGGCCGAUCUCUAUCUCAAUUUCAACAGUCUCUCCGGCAGCAUCACUCCUGAGAUUGGGCGGAUGGCUAGUCUCCAAGUUUUGCAGCUUUGCUAUAACCAGUUGAAUGGGAGCAUACCUACGCAGAUAGGAUCCUUGAAGAAAUUAACUGUUCUUGCUUUGCAACAUAACACAUUAACUGGUGCGAUUCCUGCGAGCUUAGGCAGCUUGGAGAUGCUAAGUAGGCUGGAUUUGAGCUUUAAUCAGCUCAGGGGCUCAAUUCCUCCGUUAUUAGCUGGUAUUUCACAAUUGAAAGUUCUGGAUGUUCAAAACAAUAACCUCUCUGGAAUUGUCCCCUCUCCUUUGAAGAAACUGAAUGAAGGAUUCGUGUACAAAAGCAACUUGGAUUUAUGUGGUUUUGGGUUUUCUUCAUUGAGAAAUUGCACUUCUUGGGAUAAUCAGAGCACCGACCUGCCCGAACCUGGCAGAUCUCCAACAAAUAGUACUACAAAGUCUACCUCAAAUGAAAUGCCCCAGGCAGCAAUAACUCCGGGAGAUUGCAACCGACCCCAUUGCUCAAAUUCAUCAAAAAUCCAACAGAUUGCCAUUAUUGGUGGAUCUAUUGUGUUCAUCAUGACAUUAAUGGGUGUUGGGUUUACUGUUUUCCGCUACCGUCGGCAGAAACAGAAGAUUGGUAGUACAUAUGAUUCUUCUGAAGUUAGGCUUAGCAUUGACCGGGCAAAAGAAUUCUACCAUAAAACAGCAUCUCCACUGGUUAGCCUUGAGUACUCUAAUGGAUGGGAUCCAUUUGCUAAUGGCCAAAAUUGCAACGGAUUCUCCCAUGAUUUCCUGCAGAACUUUAGGUUCAAUUUAGAAGAGAUUGAAUCUGCAACCCAAUACUUUUCAGAUGCAAAUUUGUUGGGAAAAAGCAACUUCUCAUCUGUGUAUAAAGGAACUUUAAGGGAUGGUUCUCAUGUAGCCGUUAGAAGCCUUAAUGUUACCAGCUGUAAGUCUGAACAGAAUGAAUUUGCAAAGGGGCUGAAACUGUUAACAUCACUGAGACAUGAAAACCUGGUUCAGCUGAGAGGUUUUUGUUGUUCAAGGGCCCGGGGUGAAUGUUUUCUCGUCUAUGAUUUUGCUCCAAACGGUAACAUGUCAAGAUAUCUCGAUGUGCAAGAUGGAACUCGUGAGGUUCUUAACUGGUCCACAAGGGUUUCUAUCAUCAAUGGAAUCGCAAAAGGUAUUGGAUAUCUACACAGCAGCCAACCCAACAAGCCUGCUUUAGUUCACCAAAGUAUAUCCGCAGAGAGAGUUCUCAUUGACCAGCGCUUCAACCCAUUGAUUUCGAAUUCUGGGCUCCCGAAACUCCUUGCAGAUGAUGUUGUCUUCUCAACCCUCAAAGUCAGCGCUGCAAUGGGCUACCUGGCUCCUGAAUACAUCACCACUGGCCGCUUCACUGAGAAGAUCGACGUAUAUGCAUUUGGGGUGAUUGUCCUCCAGAUACUGUCGGGAACGCAGCGACUCUCCUCAUCAAUGCGUGCAGCUGCCGAGUCUUGCAAAUUCGUAGACUUCAUUGACCCAAAUCUCCAGGGGAGAUUUUCUGAAUCUGAGGCUGCUAAUCUUGCGAAAAUUGCGCUAGUUUGCACCCAUGAACGACCUGAUCAAAGGCCAACUAUGGAGGCAGUUAUCCAGGAGCUUGGCAAGCGUAAUGCCAGUUCUUGAUGCCCAUUUUCCCCUCAAGAAAUUUGCAGUAGGAUGGGGUAUCUCAAAACCUGUUUAGUGUUCAGGGACCAGAGCUGCUCAAGGACCAAAAGCUUAAUAGGUUUGUAAAAACAAAAGGGCUUCCCUGUAGAUUAAUGGGUCGGAGGGAGAGGAACUCUUUGUGCAGAAAAUUUCCCCUGUGAUUAUUCGUCAUAAUUUAUCUCCAGCUUUUUCAGAAGUUGGGUGAGCAAUUUUUUUACUGGAACUCCGAUGAGGAGAAUCCCUGUGGUACCUAAAGAUUUAAUCAUUCACUAAUAAAACUUUCUCAAGCA